UAUCGAUAUAAAAUCAACAAACCAACUCGCACGUGCAUAUUCAAAGAGCAUUUAACUGGCUGUCUUUAUGCCGAAAUGCAAUUGUGUUUGUCAACAACAUGAAUUAUUUUGAAAUACGGGAGCUGCCCGGCAAGGGUCGUGCCAUGAUAGCAACAAAAAAUUUCGCAGUCGAUGAGAUCAUUUUCGAGGAGGAGCCGUUCGUGUCACAUCAGUUCUCCUGGAAUAUCGCCUACGGCUACGCAGCCUGUGAUCAUUGUAUGCGACCGCUAGAGACACUGCUCGAGAACGUGCGCCGUUUGGCCAAUAACCAGGCAGUCAUGGUGCCCCUAGUGGAACACGAUCCCACCGCUGCCUGGUUUUCACAAUUUACGCAGUGUGCACGCUGCAAGGUGCGCUACUGCUCGGAAGACUGUUUGGUAGAGGCACAAAAGCGCUAUCAUCGUGUGGCCUGUAUGGGCGCCUUUCGGGCGGACGACACACACCCCAUCAACGUGCUGAAUGAGACAUGGAAAAAGAUGCACUAUCCACCAGAGACGGGCACGAUAAUGCUAAUUGUGCGUCUGAUGGCCAUGUAUAAGCAGAGCAGUAAUAAGACAGAGUUCCUAGAGCAACUGCAAUCGUUUCAAGCUCUGAUUGUCAAUCGCGAAGAGAAGAUCUACCACAAGAUGCUGGGCGAGAAUUUUGAGCAGCAGAUGGAGCAACUGUAUGCGGCAUUUUGCAAUGCAUUCAAGGACGAAGAAUUCGCUAUGUUCACCACACCGGAUGCGUUCAAGACUCUAAUGGGCAUAUUGGGCACGAAUAGUCAGGGCAUUGCCACCAGCGUUCUAGCCCAGUGGGUAAACAAAGUAUCAGACUUGCCGCUUUCCGAUGCGGACAAGGAAAGUCUUGAUAAGGUCAUCGACCAACUGUACGCCAAAGUGGGCGAUUUUGCAGGUGAAUUCCUCAACAACGAGGGCUCCGGUUUGUACAUACUGCAGAGCAAGAUAAAUCACAGCUGUGUUCCGAAUGCACAGUCCACGUUUCCCUACUCCAACGACAUAGUCGUACUAAAGGCUUUGGCGCCCAUACAGAAAGGCGAUGAGAUAUGCAUAUCGUAUUUGGAUGACUGCCAGCUGGAGCGCAGUCGCCAUUCCAGGCAUAAAACGUUGCGUGAAAAUUAUAUAUUCGUUUGUCAGUGUCCCAAGUGCAGAGCACAAGCUUCAGAUCCAGAUAUUACCAGUGAUGAGGAGGAGGACGACGACGAAGACAUGGACGACUGCGAAGAAGAUAAUAUGGAAUAAGUUGACUCCUUACUUAAGCUGUACAUGUUAUACCCUCUAAUUGGGUAGUUUUUAAUUACGAGCAAACUUUACGCCAAAAAUAAUUCUACUAUUAUUUGAAGGUAGAUUCAAAAUCAGGGGUACACUGCAAAAUGAUAGAAACAGAGCACCAGGCUCCCAGGUUAAUCAACGGAGAAAAUAUCAAGAAAGAAAUCUUUUUCAGCAUUAUUAA